AUGUUCCAAAAGCGGCAGCUGCGCAUCAUCUACCUGGUGAUUCUGAUCAUCAUGAUUGUGUUGAUCUACAAAAGCUUCACCCAGCACAAACCGAACGAUGAUGAUGUGGAGCAAACGUCCGGUGGUGACCCUAUGCUAAAAGUGAGUGCGCCCAUUUACGUUGUGGUGUACUACGAGGCGCUCUGUCCGGAUUCGAAAAACUUUGUCCUUCAUCAACUGCUGCCGGCCUAUGAGAGAGCACCGGAUCUAAUGGAUAUAGAGUUUGUACCAUUCGGUAAAGCUUCGUGGACCACCAAGUCAGAUGGAUCACUGGAGUUCGAUUGUCAGCACGGUCAUAUAGAGUGUGAAGCCAACACGAUCCAUGCAUGUGUUGUGGAGGCCGUACGGGAACCCCGCACACGGCUCGACAUGGUAGCCUGCAUGAUCGAGAACAACAUUAUCCCAGUGGAGGCAUUCCUCCGCUGUGCCAAGCAGCACGGUGUGGAUAUCGAAUCGAUCAAGAAGUGUUACGACAGUCCACACGGUGCCGAACUGCUAAAGGUGCACGGUGAAGCGACACACGCCCUUCGACCGGCCGUUACGUUCAUCCCGACCGUAACGCUGGAUGGGGCACAGUACGUGCAGAAGUCGAUCCUGAAGGAUCUGUUCGGUAAUGUGUGUCAGGUGGUGUCGGGUCGUGGACCGAAACCGGAUGUGUGCAAAUGAUAGCAGUUAGUGCUGCACUUCCUUGCCCGCUACCUGCAAUCGGAGGUACUGGACGAAGUCCGGCAACUUCC